GCGCCGCAAACCUUCAAACAGCGGUUCAAUCUUGGCGAGAUUACAAAGGACCCAGUCUACACCGAUGCCGAAAGACGCUUCCAGGAGUUGGAGAAGGAGACGAAGAGGCUCCAUGAGGAGUCAAAAAAGGUAUUUUGACGCCGUAAAUGGCAUGCUCUCCCACCAAAUCGAGUUCUCCAAAGCGAUUGCCGAGAUCUACAAGCCCAUAUCCGGCCGCAUGUCGGACCCCGACUCGUUCCACGAUGAGGGAAAUCAGGCUGGAAUAGAAGCGUGCGACCAAUACGAGAAUAUCGUCGGGGAGCUCCAAGAAACACUAAAACCGGAAUUGGAGAUGAUAGAAACCAGGGUUAUCAAGCCCGCGGACGAACUGCUGGAAAUCAUAAAGGCAGUUCGCAAAAUCGCCCUAAAGCGAGAUCACAAGCAGCUCGACUAUGACCGUCAUCGCGCCACUCUCAAGAAGCUCCAGGACAAGAAGGAUAAGACCUUGAAAGACGAGAAGGCCAUGUAUCGCGCCGAGGCCGACGUUGAGCAAGCCACUCAAGAUUACAACUAUUUCAACGACUUGCUCAAGGACGAGCUACCCAAGCUCUUUAGGCUGGAGCGGGAGUUCAUCAAGCCUUUGUUCCAGUCAUUCUACUACAUGCAGCUGAACGUUUUCUACACGCUGCACGAGCGCAUGCAGAAUAUCGACAUCGGUUACUUCGACCUCACGCUGGACAUCGAAGCUGCCUACGAGAAGAAGCGGGGAGACGUUCAGUCCGAGGUAGAAGCCAUAUCCAUUACGAAAUACAAGACGACAGGAGGUCGCAAACCUGGCCAGCCAAGAUACGGAAGCAAAGCCCUCGAGGCGAAAUCGGAAACGGCUUCAGCUCGAAGAUCGACACUGUCCGAUGGCACAGACACCCCACCGCCACCUUAUAGUCCCACGCCGGCGAACAACACCAUUGCCUCUCCCUCUCUCUCCGCGACAUCUUGGGGAUCUGCCGCCAAGUCAAAAGGCGCGGCUCCACCACCACCGAAGCCGAAGCCAUCUCGGCUAAGCGGCGCGCCAGCUGCAGAGACCGUCACAGCUUUGUAUGACUACGAAGCACAGGCCGAGGGCGAUCUUUCCUUCCUCACCGGAGAUGUAAUUGAGAUCAUCUCCCGGACGCAGAACGAUAAUGAGUGGUGGACCGGGAAGGUCCGAGGAAAGACCGGACAAUUCCCAGGCAACUACGUGAGACUGAACUCGUGAUGCAGAGGGAAGGUGUGCAUAGCAGUUUUAGAACGAUGUACAUCAGGUUUCUGAUUUCUUAUCCAUUGCUACGCUUUAGCGGGAAGGUAUGGGUUUGGUUAACACGCUUCUCUAUACUGUGAAGACCACCCAACUGCUAUUGUCCCAUGCGUGGUGGCCAUACUCAAGUCGUGGAUUUCUUAACCGAAUACAUUAUCAAUAACUAGCCAUGCUACUUCUUG